AACAGGAUUUGAGACAGCCCAGGGUUUCCUCUUCAAGUAGGUUUAAAACUUUUUUUUUUUUUCUCACAACUUCCUUCCUGUUCUAACUGCCAGUGCUCAGAAGUCAGCCUUGAGAGACAGAGGCACCCAGGACGGAGACGUGAACCCUUGAAUAUCAAAAUGACUGAAAAGGCCCCAGAACCACACCUGGAGGAGGAUGAAGAGCUGGAUGGCAAGCUCAAUUACAAGCCUCCACCACAGAAGUCCCUGAAGGAGCUGCAGGAGAUGGACAAAGAUGAUGAAAGUCUAGCGAAGUACAAGAAAACGCUCCUGGGGGACGGGCCUGUGGUAGCAGACCCAACAGCCCCCAAUGUCACUGUCACCCGUCUUACCCUGGUUUGUGAAAGUGCCCCAGGACCCAUCACCAUGGACCUCACUGGGGAUCUGGAAGCCCUCAAAAAAGAAACCUUUGUGCUAAAGGAAGGUGUUGAAUAUAGAGUCAAAAUUAACUUCAAAGUGAACAGGGAUAUUGUGUCAGGACUGAAAUAUGUUCAACACACCUACCGGACUGGGGUGAAAGUGGAUAAAGCAACAUUCAUGGUUGGCAGCUACGGGCCUCGGCCAGAGGAGUACGAGUUUCUGACUCCAACUGAGGAGGCCCCCAAGGGCAUGCUGGCUCGAGGCACUUACCACAACAAAUCCUUCUUCACGGAUGAUGACAAGCACGACCACCUUACCUGGGAGUGGAGCCUGUCCAUCAAGAAGGACUGGACAGAAUGAGCACCUCCGCCCAUCCCUUUCCCUACCUUUGCCACCCAGAAGAGCCCCGUCCCUCCUCCCUGAUCACAGCUGAGCCCCACCUCCAGCAACCUCCACCUUCUCUUAUCGCUGCAUCCUCUCCCACACUGUCUCUCACAGUGGUCCCCCGAACAAGAUGCUUAAAACCCAGGCUUUAAUCCUGCCCCCACGCUUCUGAUCCCCUCUCAUAGCCAGAUCUCCCCAGUUCUCCAUCCCAGUAGACAAUCAUUUAAUAUUCCCUCUUUUAUUCCCAUUCAAGCAACUAGAGGCCAGGAAAUGGGCAAACUAGCACUAACAGUCCUUUUGCCUUGGGUCCCUGUAUCUCCUUCCUACCCCUGGAUUCUCCUGUGGCUGCUGCUGACUCACUGAAGGUCCCUAAUCACAUUCCCUGGGGUUCUUCUUCACUGGGAGACACUGUAAACAGCACAAGAGCACAAGAAUAAAACAGUUGUAUGAUCAGA